CCAGACCAUCACCCAGCUCUUCAUCCUUCGUCACGUGACCUUUUCAGUCAUGUUACGUAGAAGCUCUCGACUGGACAUCGCAGGAUAUUACAACCUUCAAGGAGAACCAGUCAUUUCCUACAGGGAGACUUCUACUUACAGAAGACCUAAGAGGUUUGCUCAUGACAGUCGAAAAGACACCACCAAGAAAAUGGUCAGGUUUGUACCUGAGGCCAAAGAGGCCAGCGGGGUCAGAGGGGCCAACGAGGCCAGCAGGAACAGCAUUAAUCGCUGGCUGUUCUACAUGCUGUUCGUGUGUCUUGGAAUUGUAAACUUCACCCUGGCUCUAUCCAUGAACAGCAACUCUCUGGAUACGGUCUUGAGCAGAACUGAAGGGCUGGAGCAGCAGGUGAGAAUGCUGCAGAACGAGGUGCUGAGGUUAAAGAGGAUCAACGAGCUGCCACCAUCGGACUCUAUGCCCAACUUUGCUCUGGAGUCGCAAGGGGCCCGUCUUUUAGCUCACUUAUCCUCAAAAACAUACCAAAGCGCAAAACCAACCUUUUCCAUUCCUAUCUGGAAUUUUUCCAUACCUUUUUGGAGACCAACUGCGGACCCAAGUAUUGUGACUCAGGGAGGACCAAUCGUGGUCGGACGCUGCUGGCCAUUUCAUGGGCAUGAAGACUAAAGAGGAUGAAGGUACCCUACUAGGAACCUUUCGUUAUGAUCAGGAUGGCGAGUCAGUGCAAACUUUCAAACUGUCUGAUCAGGAAGAAGGUGUCUUCAGCCAUGUGAAGCUGCAAGUCGCGAGCAACUGGGGUCAUCCUGACUACACAUGCCUCUACAAUUUCAGGGUCCAUGGGACCGUAUAGAAGACGGUGUUCCUAUGGGACCAUGUUGGAGCAAACACUGUCUUCUGGGCUGGGUGCAGAGGCAGGUGAGAAUGUAUUUGUUCCAACAACCAACCAUCUAUGAAUAAAAAGGCUUAAUUUAACUUUGUGUUGUGGAAUUUGCAGUCAUAAGAAAAAUUUAACUUAACCUCUAUGAAUUUAGAUUCCAACCAUCAGAGUAACACAUUCAAACAAGUAAUUUCAAAACUCACAGUAUUCGUAAAACCAUGAAAGGUUUCUGUCUAUUCUGUCUUUCUAUCUCAAUCUGUUUAGUGAAACUAGAACAGUUUCAAUGUGGAGCUAAAGCAAUGUCCAAACUUAAACCAGUUUAAAAUAAGGUAUAAAGACAUGAUGUUCUCAAGGUACAGGGAUGAAGUGGGGGUUUGACAAUCACAAGGUGUUUACAGGGGUUACUGUUUAUUUAUCUAUUACUGUUUGUUUAUUUAUCUUUGUCUUAGUCUAUCUUUCUAUUUUUUUCUGUAAAGAAUAAUGCAAAUUUGGGUUAGGGUUGGGGGUCUAUGUAUUAUCACAGCCUUGCUCAAAGGCUGCGACAAAGGGGGAGACAGACACGAGGUGGCGGCAAAAGAACACUUGAUUUAUUUAACAAAACACAAAAGUAAUGUGGAAAUCAGUAAAUCAGUGGUGUGGAGCGUGUGUGUGUGUGUGUGUGUGUGUGUGUGAAUUUGUGUGGUGUAAAA